AUGGUGCCUAAAAAUACACUUUUUUGCGAAAAACCCAGGUUUUUGAGGAACGAAACCUGAAAAUCAUGUGUAUUCUUAACUUUCAGGUAUCAUAGUAUUCGGCUGUGCACUUAUCUCAAAUUUCGUUUUUCUAACGAAACUUGACAUUUUUGAGGGGGGAGGGGCUUAAUCAGCAUAAAAACAUAAAGCAAGCCUAUGACUGUUUCGAAUGCUUUUGAGAUAUUUCGAGUUUUAUCGAAAAUUUUUCUCUGGUACUCAUCAGGAUUCUAGUGACAAAAAAAGUGAACUUCACCAGAAAUGGAAAUGGACAGGUGCCAACCGUGUAAACAUAAUAAAUAUGUGUGAACAGAUUAUAAUUACUUCUUCAUCAAAUCUAACUAUAUUGUAUUAGAAGAAAUUUUUCGAUUUAACUCGAAAUAUCUAAAAUCUAUUUAAAACAUUCAUAGGUUUGUUUGAUUUUUUUAUACUGAUUCAAAAUAUGAUAGUAGUUUUAAUUCAAUUUCUAUUUUUCUAGCUAAAAUCAAUUAAAUAUUAAUGAAAAACUUGUAAUUUAUUUUGCGUAUUCGAAACUAUUUUUGUCAAAACAUAUCCGCUCAAUUUAUAAAACUGUUCUUCAAAGUGAGUUCCAUUAUCCUAGAACACUUUUAGCCCUAGAUAUAUAAAUGAAGUUUAUUUAAUAUGCCAUUUUGAAAUACAUUUAUCUCUUCUACAAGGAUUUUCGAGUAUAUUUUUAAUAUUCAGAUCUUACGUACUCAAUGGUAUCAACUUGUUAGAAACUACAAAAAAGUUAAUCAAGAUUCAUCUAUUGAAUCAGUUGAAUUUGGAACAUUGAAAUCGUCUCAUUGGAAUAGUCAAUCUUCAUUUCAGCAUAAUCGUGAAACAAAUACAAAACCUCUCAGUAAAAACAAAUCAAGAAAUGUUGACUUAUUUCAAGAAUUGUUGAAGAAUGCAAGCGAUUUAUUACAUGCCAUGAACGAACCACAUUUAUUAACAUUUCGUGAUAUUAUUCAAUCGAUAGUUGUUGAUAUUGAAUCCAUACUAUCAAAUAUUAAUAUAGAUGAUCCUUCAUCUAUAAAUAAUGCAAAAGAAGUGCUGACAUCGUUAAAAAUAAAAUGUAUAAGAACAUUUCGCCCUAAUCGUUUUACGUCAACCAUAUAUCAAAUAAAUCAAACUACUAAACAGUCAUACAGCAAGACAAUAAAAGCCAUAAAUGCUUUAAUUGAAUAUUUUACAAAUUAUCAAAUUCAAACAGUUAAAAAUCAAACAAAAAACUUAAAUCAGUCAUCAGCUUCCUUAUCAAUAACUGAUAAAAAACAAUUGACAAAUAAAAAUUCAAUCCAGUCGUUUAAACGAAAGUCAGAAAAUUCACAUGCUGAUAAUUAUGAUCAAAGUGAAAUCCUAUCAUGUUCAUCAGUUAAAAUUGAAAGUUCAUCACAAUAUACUAAAAAUACAAAUAAACGAAAAUUUAAUAAACUUAACUAG